AUGCACACAAGNUGGGAUCUUCGACCCGGCGAAUUACUACUCGUAGAAAAAGAACACGAUGUCAAAACUGUGUGGUUUGAACGUAGUUCAGCUACGAGAAGGACUACAGAAACGAAGCCUUGUCACAAGUGGCACAAAGAAGUACUAGUAGCACGUCUGAGAGAAGCUCUCAUUGACGAAGGUAAGAACCCAGACGAAUUCAAGUUUGAUGGUGCUGACGAAGACAAUGAAAUUAGCACAGGCACGUUUACAACCGCUAAAAUGAUGGAACUUCUGCUUAGUAUGUCAACUGAAAUAAAACAACAGUCCGAACGACAGACAGAAGAGUUAAAACAACAGAUCAAAGAACAGUCCGAACGACAGUCCGAACGACAGACAGAAGAGUUAAAACAACAGAUCAAGGAACAGUCCGAACGACAAACAGAGGAGUUGAAACACGUAAAAUUGGAAAUGGCAGAACAGAUUGAAGAACAGUCAACAAGAAUAGAAAUGAUCGAGCAGAAACUUGAUCCAUUUGACAGGGAGAUGUCCUGGAACGUUUAUAAAACCCAGUUCGAAGCAGCGGCAACUAGUAACUGUUGGAACGGAAAAGAACGAGCAACAGCACUGAUACUGGCCCUGCGAAGUUCAGCGGCAGAGAUUCUUCAGAUGAUUCCGGCGGAGAACCAUUUCAACUAUGAAGUUCUGGUUAGCGCGUUGGAUUUACGUUAUGGUGAAGAACACAUGAAACAGAUUUAUCGGUCUCAGCUUAGAAACAGAACGCAACGAUCUGGUGAAUCCAUUCAGCAGCUAGCACAAGAUAUCGAACGGUUGACAUUGCUGUCGUAUCUGACAUCAGACCCCGAGCAUAGAGACGAAACUGCCCUGGAUACGUUUAUCAAAGCCCUUCGUGAUUCGAAACUCAAGCAAUCCCUUCUCUUGUCAGAUAAACGAAAACUCAAGGAAGCCGUUGCGCACAGUCUCACUUUUGAAUCGGCAAAGCAAGCAUCAAAAGUGACGUACGUCUACGCCAACAUGGUGUACCCCAAUGCUGGAUUUGUGGUGAAAAAGGCCAUCUACGUCGUGAUUACUACAUCGAAAUCGAAACGACCUAUGGCUGAACGGAAAAGUUGA